UGAUCCUACACAGUAACAAGGAGAUCACUGUUUUAUUACAACUGAAGAAAACAAACAUAACUACACCAUAACCAGAAAUUUCUCUUACUCCCAGAAACUCAAUCUGGCAACAACAUGAAGCCUUAUGCAACCCUAAAAAUCAGUUCCUUGCUUAAAAAAAAAAUCAAUUGUUUUUGAAAUGAGAAAAGUCUACAAGACUUUGCCUCCUCCAAUUUCUUUCCAUAACAGACUUGCCAACCCAAACUUUUUUUGCUCUUGCUAACUGGUCCUGGGACACUUGCGGAAGAAGCAAUCUUUAUGGACUUUUCAACCUGACUCUCGUCACAAACAGAGUUUUUCUUAUUGUUAGAAUGAUAAACCAUGUGGUUGCAGUGAUUUUCUUUUUGGUCAUUAGUAGCAACGCCGAGCUCAGAACUGUCUUUAAGAUCUGAGCAUGCAAGCCACAUAAAUAGAAAAUACAUUAAAAAAAUACUAAUAAAUACCAAUGAAUAAAAAUCUAGUAAAACAAAUAUAAUUAUAUGCUAUUUUAGAUGAUAAAUUUUAUUACACAUUUUAAAUUAUUUUAAAAAAAAAAUCAAUCUAAACCUAACUUAGGGACCACGCUAAACCUAGGGAACAGGCUAAUACUCUCCUAUAUAUAAAUAGGGACAUAAUCAUCAGGUUCUCACAAGUCACAACACACAAAUAAAAAAGCAGAGAGUACUUUUAUCGAGCUGUUAGCAGAAUAAUGUUGGAUAUCAAUCUGUUUCGAGAAGAGAAGGGGAACAAUCCGGAGAUCAUCCGAGAUUCUCAACGGAAGAGAUUCGCCAGUGUUGAUCUCGUCGACGAGAUUAUCGAGCUCGACAAAGAAUGGCGUCAGCGUCAAUUUGAAGUAGAUAAUUUGCGCAAGGAGCUCAACAAGCUGAACAAGCAAAUCGCCAAGCUCAAAAUCUCUAGUGCUGAUGCGACGGAGCUGAUUCAGCAAACAGAGAAGAACAAAGAAGAUUAUUCUACGAAGGAGAAGGAAGUUGGUGAAGCAUGUGAUGUUUUGAAAGACAAACUGAAGGAGGUUGGCAAUCUCAUCGACGACUCUGUUCCAGUUUUUGAAGAUGAGAAAGAUAACCCUGUGAUUGAUUUUUGGGGUGAUAAGCGGGUUGCUCCGCCUGGUCAGAAGCUGAAGAACCAUGUGGAUCUCGUUGAGCUUCUCGACAUUGUAGAUACUAAGAGAGGUGCUGAGAUUGCUGGAGGAAGAGGCUUUUUCCUUAAAGGAGAUGGUGUGCUACUUAACCAGGCUCUGAUCAGCUUUGGGCUAGACUUCUUGAAGGAUAGAGAGUUCACAUUAUUGCAACCUCCUUUUUUCAUGAGGAAGGAAGUCAUGGCCAAGUGUGCACAGUUGGCUCAGCAUGAUGAACAACUAUACAAGGUGACUGGUGCUGGGGAUGAUAAAUACCUUAUUGCAACUGCUGAGCAACCUCUUUGUGCAUACCAUAUGGAUGAAUGGAUCGAUCCCAAGGAGCUUCCCAUAAAAUAUGCUGGUUACUCGACCUGCUUUAGAAAAGAAGCUGGUUCCCAUGGAAGAGAUACACGUGGCAUUUUCCGUGUUCACCAGUUUGAGAAAAUUGAACAGUUUUGCAUCACUAGCCCUAACGACAAUGCUUCGUGGAAAAUGAUGGAGGAGAUGAUGGAGCACUCUAAAAAAUUUUACCAAGAGCUAAAAAUUCCAUACCGAGUCGUGUCAAUUGUCUCUGGAGCAUUGAACGAUGCAGCUGCAAAGAAGUAUGACUUGGAAGCUUGGUUUCCUUCGUCAGAGACUUACAGAGAGCUUGUGUCUUGUUCCAACUGUACAGACUACCAAGCUCGAAGGCUUGAUAUCAGAUACGAUCAGAAAAAGGAGAGCAAUGAGCAGCAGACGAAGCAGCAGUAUGUGCAUAUGCUGAAUUCGACUCUUACUGCGACUGAGAGGACCCUUUGCUGCAUUCUCGAGAACUACCAGCGUGAAGAUCGUGUGGACAUCCCUGAGGCUUUGCAGUGUUUUAUGGGCGGACGAACGUUUUUGCCCUUCAAGGCAAAAAAAACUUAAAGCCGAUUGAUAUUAUAUUAUUAUUGUGAUUUUCAUAAAAAAAUUCAUUGUUAUCUCUUUGUUUAGAUAAUCUCUACAUGAUGAUAGCAAAUGAAAGAAUCAUGCAACACUGAUUCAGUCUACUAGUUUUACAAAAGACUCUUAUCCUUUCAUGAUCUAUGGAUUCAUAUUUUAAAAUUGUACCUUGGUUAAACAACAGACAAGAAUGUAGCAGACAAGAAUCCAGCUAAGCUCUAAGCCUGAUGGUGCAAAGUAGUUGUUGAGAAUGACAUAUAUGAUGCGAGAGGGAAAAUGGUUACAUAACCGUAGAACACUCCGAGAUUAGUGUCAUAAUAGUUCCAUUCUUGUUUCUUCCAUUUUGUGAGCUAACAAAUGUUCCCUAUUGAUGCUCUGCUACAAAGAUAAAAAGGUUGUGCAUACAAUGAAUGUAUCCCUCAGUCAGAAUCACAGAACAUUGUAAAACCUUAUCUUCAUCGUUCUAGAAAGAGG